AUGGCUUUCACAAAAGAAAAAGAUGGAUCUAAGGGAUUUGUGAAGAGAGUGGCUUCAUCUUUCUCCAUGAGGAAGAAGAAGAAUGCAACAAGUGAACCGAAGUUGCUUCCAAGAUCGAAAUCAACAGGUUCUACUAACUUUGAAUCCAUGAGGCCACCUGAAACAAAGAAGAUUUCAGAUGUCACAAACAAAACAAGGAUCAAACCAUCAGGUGGUGUAACACCACAACCAAGAAGGGAAAAGAUUGAUGAUCGUGGUGGUGGGAAGAAUAAGAAGUUUGGAAAAUGGAGAAGCUUUGAUGAUAGUGAUUCCAUCUGGUUAUCUUCAGAUUGUGCAUCUCCUACUUCUCUUCUUGAGGAGCGCAGAUUAUCAGUAUCCUUUCUUUUCUCAGUUGAUGAGAGUGUAGUCUCUUGGUUAUCAAACCUUGCCAAAUCGUCCCUUUCUCUGAAUCAGCAAGAAGUAAGUCCCAUCAAAGACCGUCCCAGGAUCCCAAGGAACACUAAAGAGAAUGCAGAGAACAUUCAGAAGAAAGAUUUGUCUUGUUCUGCUCUAAAUCUCACCGUUCUUGAUUCUUCUAAUCAGAGUUCACAAGGAAAGAAAGUUAGUUUUUCGCCAUCUUCUUCAGGUACAAAACUUGAUUCAGGGAAUUCUUCUCCUUCUCUGUCAAUCUCCUCUGAUUUGCCGUCUGGUCCGAAUAAUUUGGUUCAUGAGAAAAAUUGGAAUGAGAAAAGUGCAGAGACUGUGGAUUCUAAGAACAGUAGUAAUGUUGAUGAGCCGCUUUUCUGGCCAUAUGAACAGAGAUUUGACUGGAGACCUGAGGAUAUCCUGAAGCAUUUCUCAAUGUCACCUCGGAGAAAGAAGUUAUUGAAUGCCAAAUUUUCUGCAGGUACCUCCCCAAGAUCCAUGAGAGCACAACUUCUCCAAGCAAGAAAACUAGAUCUUAAAGAUGGUUGUAAGAGAAAGCUUGUGUUCAAUGGCCCUAUAACAAACGCAUCCAAGAUUCCAGAACUCAAAAGAACUACCAGCAAUAGCAGCAACAAGAAUAACAACAGCAUGAAGAACGAGCCAACCAAGAACUGCGUGAAGAGGAACAAAAGUUUGCCAUCAAGGUUGAGAAAAUCGAGCAAAACAUGUUCAAAGGUCGUGCCUGUUGAAAUGGGUGAAGGAGUGAUUGCAGCAGAGAGAGCCAAAGUGGAAAUAACAGCUAGAAAGCUCAUAAACCGCAGAAGCAAGACUAUGUUGGAAGACGAUUUCGCAUUGAUGAAUGAUUUCUCAAUAGAGAACGCAGUGGGGCUUGGUGAGUUCAAAGGUAGAGAGGGUAUAGACUCAGAAUUUAACUCUGACACAUUCUUUUUUCAUGAUUCUCUUUGAAACCAUAGAUUAUAUAUAGUUGCCAGAAACAAAAACAAAAAA